GUCCCCCCUUGUCUCCGCGUUCCGGGCUCGAACGUCUCGGCGGCAGAAGGGAGCGGCGGCUGGGAAGCCGCCGGGCUGGCAUGGGUUGGAAUCCGAGCCUGUACCCCGACCUGACUACAGCCAGCACAAUGCGGUUACUAACUGCUCUUCAUUCACCUAUUGAUGCCUCCCAGAAAAAAACGCUGUCAAGGGUCCCAGAAAGCCCAGCUGCUAUUCCUACAACAACCACUGGAGGGCCCCAAACACCACUAUGGAUCUGAACGGCUUCCCGUCACCCACACCCGACAGGUGCCCAGCAAGCCCAUUGACCGCAAUACCAUCACUUCCUGGGUAUCACCUCAGUUUGAUACAACAGGAGAAAGUUGGUUCCCAGUGAACCAGAAACGUCAUCAUCGAAACCAAGCAAGACAUUCAAGUCGAAAAUCCACCGCCUCCAGGUUCCCACAUCUAACGUUUGAGAGCCCAUCGUCUUCCAGUUCAGCCACGCUUGGGAUCCCGUUAACCAGGGAGUGCGCCAAUCAGUCAGAAAAGUGCAUUUCCGGAAGGCCCUUAGUUCCGGUGCUCAGUCCUCAAAGCUGUGGGGAGCUGUCAGCACAUACGCUUCAAAACUUACCUUAUGUGCUCAUGCCACCCGAUAUCCAGACCCCAGAGUCCUCGUUUGUGAAGGAGGGGCCCAUUCCCUCAGAUCAGAGGGAAAAUAGCCUUCCAAGCUGCUCCUUUCACACCAGUACUCCCAAGAGCCCAGAUCCUGGGCCUGUUCUAGUUAAAGACACUCCUGAGGAGAAGUAUGGGAUCAAGGUCACAUGGAGGAGACGUCACCACUUGUUUACUUACCUCAGGGAGAGAGGGAAGCUGAACAAAAACCAGUUCCUUGUGAAAAACUCACUGGACUUCUCAGACACCAGCAACCUCAAGAAAUUUCCAUAGAGUUGCCAAGUCACUUUUCUGGCUCAUGGGAGUGUACGUCAGAAGAAUAAAAUGCAAAUAAUGCCAAUAACAUCAACAGAAAAAAGAUAGUUUAACUAGAGACUUGGAGUCAUGAGGGAAUCUGAUUCCCAGAUUUGUUUUUUAAAAUGUCUUUUCCCAAAAAGUUUUUAGUGUCAUAAACAGUUCACUUCAUAUUUUUCUUCUAUUAACUGUUUACAAUGUUCAAGUAUCUUAUAGUUACUGUUUAAAAUGUUUGUAAAUAAAUAGUUGCAGAAAGGUUUUAGAGAACCCUGCUUCUGAUUACCGAUCAUGCAGCAAUACUGCCUUCUCCACAAAAGGCCUUUCUUCAUUUUUUUUUUUUUUUUUAGCCACUACUCAUUAAUCCUCUAAUCACUCCAUUCAACUGAAUUCAUUCCACAUUUUGAGUCCCAACUCUGUGUCAGGCUCAACAACAGCUGCCUUUGUGGCAUGGAUGGGAAAAUCAAAGCAAACUCUAUGGCUUUUCAGAGCUGAGCAACCUUUUUAGAUCUCUGCAACCUUGCCCAUCUGCUAAAAGUCAAGAUGAGGAAAGGUACCCAGCCCUGUGUUAGUGAAUACCGUGGUCAGGGACAAUAAAGCGGACAGAGAUAAGUUA